UGGGGCGCGCGGCCGCGGGAGCCAUGGAGCUGAGCGGCAAGAAGAAGCUGCACGCGCUGUCGCUGGCGGAGAAGAUCCAGGUGCUGCAGCUGCUGGACGAGUCGAAGAUGUCGCAGUCGGAGGUGGCGCGGCGGUUCCAGGUGUCGCAGCCGCAGAUCUCCCGCAUCUGCAAGAACAAGGAGCGGCUGCUGGCCGACUGGUGCAGCGGCACCGCCAACCGCCAGCGCAAGCGCCGGCGCGAGUCCAAGUACAGCGGCCUCGACGAGGCCCUGCUCUGCUGGCACCACCUCGCCCGGGCCAAGGGCUGGGACCUGGGCGGCCCCGUCCUGCUGCACAAGGCCAAGGAGCUGGCCCGCGUCCUGGGCCAGGACUUCGUGCCCAGCGUCGGCUGGCUGGUCCGCUGGAAGCGCCGCAACAACGUGGCCCUCGGGGCCCGCCGCCCGGGCCCCCCGCCCCGGGCCCCCCGCCCCGGGCCCCCCGACGACGUCUUCGGCUGCGCCGAGGUGCCCUUGCUCUACCGGGCCGUGCCCGGCGGGACCGGCCCCCCGGAGCGGGUGCGGGUGCUGCUGUGCGCCAACGGCCGGGGCACGGAGAAGCCAAGGCCGCUGGUGGUCGGGGGGCGGCCCCUGCCCCUCCCCGCGGGCCGCGGCCGGGCCCUGCCCGUCCUCUACCGCCCCGGGCCCGGCCUGCCCUGGGCCGAGUGGCUGGGCGAGCUGGACCGGGAGCUGGGCCGGCGGGCCCGGAGGGCGGCCUUGCUGCUGCCCGGCCGGCUGGCGGGCGAGGCGGCGGCGGCGGCGGCGGCGGCCCUGGCCCCGCUGCCGCACGUCAGCCCGCUGCCCGCCGCCCCCGACCCCCUGCCCGGCCUCGUCGUCCGGGACUUCAAGGCCCGCUACCGGCGGCGCCUGCUGGCCAAGCUGGCCGCCCUGCGGGCCCCGGGGGCCCGGGCCGUCACCCUGCUGGACGCCCUGCACAUGGUGGCCGCCGCCUGGGCCGGGGUGCCCGCCCGCCUCAUCGCCGGCUGCUUCGCCCGGGCCGGGCCCGACCCCGGCCCCGACCCCGGCCCCGACCCCGGCCCCGGCCUGCCCCCGGCCCCCCGCGGCCUCAGCCCGGACGAGUUCGCCCGCUUCGUGGACCUGGAGGACGAGGAGGGGGCGCCUGGCGGGGGCAGGGAGGAGGGCGAAGGCGGGGAGGGCGACGGCGGGGAGGGCGCCUCGGACCCGCCGCCCACCGGAGCCGAGGCCCUGCGGGCCCUGGGUACCCUGCGCCGCUGGCUGGAGUGCAACGGGGCCUCCCCCGACCUCUUCGCCAAGUUUUACGACUGCGAAGAGGAGGUGGAGAGGCUGUGCUGCCCCUGAGCCCCUCCAGGACCCGCCACCGACGUCCACGCUGUUUCCCACGGAAACGCCCGUGGCCCGGGGUUGCACCUUUCCCGGGGAAAUGACGCCCCGGGGGUGGGGAGGAAGGGAGCCGGGCCCGGGCCCGGUGAGGAGGGGGCCCCGAAUCUCCAGCAGCCUGGCUCGGUGGAAAGAGCCCGGGCUUGGGAGUCAGAGGUCAUGGGUUCGAAUCCCGGCUCUGCCGCCUGU